UAUGCGACCUCCGGAGGCCGCAGCCUUUCGAUAUAGAAACGGCCAAUCUGUCGCCAAAAUGAAAGUUUUGAAAGCAGACUGGGCCAUGUAGAAACUAAACUGUUAGUGACAUUUUUAAUGGCGUUAACGAUAACAUUUGUUGGCUUUGUGCUUUACUGUCAACUGCUGAAAGGAUCAGACGCUGUCGAAAUAAGUGAGAGAUAUCAGACGGAAGAGCGAUUUAGGGCUUAUCAACAACUGUACAGCCGAAACUACGACAGCAAUGAAUUCAACCAGAGUCUGAUCAAUUUCCAGAAUUCACUUACGAGACACGCGCAUUUGAACUCUGAAGUGCCGAAGAAAUCAAACCUCUCUGCUAGAUACGGAAUCAACCAGUUCUCUGAUUUAUCUCCUAAACAGUUUAAAGAACGCUAUCUCACACUCCAGGAUCAUACUGCUCCAAAGUUUGUCCCCACCAGGCCCGACAUCCGUGUUAAGACAAGGUAUCCAGUAAAGUUUGAUUGGAGGGACCAUGGAGUUGUUGGACCAGUCAAAAACCAGGAGGGGUGUGGAGGAUGCUGGGCUUUUAGUGUGGUAGGGGCCAUUGAAUCAGUUUCUGCUUCAUGUAGUGGAAAACUACAGGAGCUCAGUGUACAGGAAGUUAUAGACUGUUCUUUCAGUAACAAUGGCUGCAACGGUGGAUCUCCUGUCGAAGCUCUUUACUGGCUUAGGAAGACUAAGGUAAAGUUAGUAAACCAGGCGGAGUAUCCCUACAAAGCUGUUUCUGGGAUUUGCCAGUAUUUUUCUCAGACUCACGAUGGAGUGAUGCUAAAGAAUUACUCGGCUUAUGACUAUAGUGGAGUGGAGGCAAAUAUAAUAAGUACACUAGUAGAGACGGGACCUCUUGUUGUCAUUGUGGAUGCUAUCAGCUGGCAGGAUUAUCUGGGUGGAAUCAUUCAACAUCACUGCUCCAGUCAUAAUGCCAACCACGCUGUACUGAUCACUGGCUAUGAUACCACAGGGGAUGUCCCAUAUUGGAUAGUACGCAAUUCAUGGGGGACCUCAUGGGGCGAUAAUGGCUAUGUUUACAUAAAAAUGGGGGACAACAUGUGUGGCAUCGCAGACAGUGUUGCUGCUGUUUUUGUAUAAUUAUGUUAACAAUCUUAAUAGUACAGAGACAUAUUAUAAAAUAUUAGCCUUAGGAUAAGAAUCUGUCUCCAGUUUUGAAUGCAGCGGGAGCGAAUUUUAAACAU